UACAGAAAUCCUUAUUGUUGUUCAUGUGCAUAAAUGCAGUUUGGUAUAUGUGUGAGAACUGAAACAUCAAAGUUUGGGUCUUCUCUUAUAUUACUGAAUGCAGUAACAAUUCAUUUAAAGCUUUGAUUAUUUUUUCGCUUUGGGAGUCAGCACUAUUGUAAGAAGUUAUGAGCUCAGCUCAGCAGCUGCUCCGUUCUCAGAGAGACUUAUUGCUGAAGUGGACAUGUGACCAUCCAGCGCCCUUGCUGCGUUGGCUCCGUGAUGCCGAGGUGCUUUCGUCUGCCUGCUACCUGUCUUUGCUGGAGAGGUCGCCUUCCAAUGCUGUGGCAAAGGCACUGGAGACAGUGUGUGCCACAGAGGAGAGCAGCCAAAAGUUCCUGCAGGUGUUGAGGGAAGUGCAGGAUUACUACUGCAGAGACCUGCAGGUCUGGGUCGAGAGACACUGCAGGAACGAUGCAGUCACUAAAUCAGCACCUACAUCUGUGAAAGUUGAAGACAAGAAGUCCAAAAACCCCAUUGCUAAACUGUUUAAAGCAAAGAGCAAAGGAUUCACCCUCACCACUGACGUUAAUGCUAAGGAAGGGCCCGGUCAUCUGUUGAGCCCCCAAGAAGCAUUGGGACGAGCCCCUAAAAGGGUGAAAGUGAAGGGUAUUGCAGGUAUAGGAAAGAGUGUGGCAGUACAGAGAUUGGUCUACGAGUGGGCAAUUGGGAAGAACAUGCGUGAAUUCACCUGCAUUUUUGACCUACGCUUCAGAGAGCUCAAUCUAGUUGAUAAACCACUGAGUUUACUGGAGCUUCUUGAACAACGGUUCCGAUACCUAAAGGAGGCUCUACCUGACCUGCUCACCACACCAAGAUCAUUGCUUUUCAUCUUAGAUGGUUUAGAUGAGUUUAAAUUCCCUCUGGACUGGAACAGACCAGACAAAAACAUUGAUGUAAAAUCAAACGUUCUGGUGUCAGAGCUGAUGGUGGCUUUGAUAAAAGGAAGCCUUCUUCCAGAAGCAUCAGUCAUAAUUACAACAAGGCCAUCUACAGAAGCUCCCAAGCGUUUCUUCCAGAGAUGUUGUGUGGUGCUGGGCUUUGAGGAGGACCAGGUGAAGGAGUACACCGCCAAGUUUUACAAAGACAGUGAAGUUGCUCAAAAGGUGUAUGAUUACAUUGUGAACAAUGACAACCUAUUUGUGCUUUCCUUCAUCCCUCUUUAUUGCUACAUCAUCUGUACCGCUAUGGCUGAGUUCUUCUCUUCACAGCCUAACAAUGCAGGUGAAUCGAAGUCUCUGGAGUUAAGCCCACCCAGAACAGUCAGCGAGGUUUAUUUCUGCUAUUUGUUUACAGCAGUCAAACACCAUGGACUAAAAGGGAGGACAGAGAGAAGCACACCUAGAUCAGAGGUUCUUAGCCUAGCUAAACAACAACUGAUGAAACUGGGGAAACUGGCUUAUGAAAACCUUCUACAGAAGAAGAUAUUGUUUGAUAAAGCAGAUUUGGAGAACUACGGUGUCACACCUGCUGAUGUUCAGAGCACCUUUCUCUGUCAUAUCCUCCAGCCUAUUAAAGAGGAGACAGUGGAGAUGUUUUCUUUCUUCCACCUUACUGUUCAAGAACAUCUAGCUGCCUUGUACUGCGCAAUCAACCUCUCUAGCCAGGACGACAUAAUACAAGCUCUUGACUUUUGGUGCUUCGGGGUACGUCCAUCGUCCUCUACUGCUGCACCCCUUCAAAAUUUACACCUUAGCGUGGAUAAGCUUGAAAGUCUCCAAAUGUUCACACGUUUCUUCAUGGGAAUGCUGCGAGCACGGUUGUCAGGUCAUUUAGAAGGUCUUGUGCAUUCUCCCAUCGAGCAAGAGGACAGCAUCCCCAACAGGCUCGGUUUGUGGUUCCGAGAUCAGUUCAAAACCAGGGAGCUGGAAAACCAGGUAGCCCUAAAUCUUCUCCACUGUCUGAUGGAGUUCCACAUGAAGGAAACCACUAGCUUUGCAGCACCAGAGAUCACAAAACUCAACCUGUUUAAAAUGAAGCUCAGUGUUGUGGACUGUGCAGCGAUACACUACGUGCUGCAGUUUUCCCCACACAAGCUGCAAGAGCUCAACUUGGGCUACUCUAACAUCGGAAACCGAGGACUCAACAGACUGAGACCAAUUCUACAUCGAUGUGAAUCUCUCUA